CUCAUUGCUCACCUCUCACGUCAAUAAAUGCUUGCAGAGUUUCUCCUUUUGCUGUUGCUCUCCGGAACUCCACUACCACAACCAAGGUCCACCGCCCAGCCGUCAUACCUCGAAAAGUACACUUGGACUCCAUCGUCCAGUGGCGCAGACGAGCAUAGAGCACUUGUUGCAACUCGGGUGAUCGCGUCACCUAUGCUGCCUAAAUCACCUGUGUCAUCAGCGAGGGCAGCAGCGCGCUUGGUCUCCUCCCCGCCCCGAGCAGCGUCCCCGUAUACAUUGCGACCCGUCGCAAACCUGGCCUCUUCGCCUGCCGUCUCACGUGUUUUCAGCAAAUCAAUUUCCAGCGUUAGGACCCUUCCCUCUUCCUCUUCGUUGAAGAUGGCGUGUCCCAACUCCCGAACACCUACCGUAGAGGGGACGAGGCAGCUGGCAUCCAUUGCCGCGAACUCGGCAACCCCCGCCUCGAGCUUCCUCGACGCUCUUCCUUCCGGGUAUCAAAUCCAAUCCUCGUCUUCUCAAGGGGCGCAGUACGCUGUGUUCUCCAAAGAUCUCGAGAAGCCAGCAUUAGACGACCAAUCCUACAGACUCAUCACUCUGGCGAAUGGACUAGAAGCACUGCUCAUCCACGACCCAAAGACGGACAAGGCGAGCGCCGCGAUGGACAUUAAGGUAGGCCACCUCUCAGAUCCAGAAGAUGUGGCGGGCCUUGCGCAUUAUUGCGAGCACAUGCUCUUUUUGGGGACGAAGAAGUAUCCCCGGGAGAACGAAUACUCGGAAUUUCUCAACAAUCACUCGGGGAGCUCGAACGCAUUCACCGCUCUCGACAACACAUGUUAUUUCUUCGAUGUCGGCCAUGCCCAUCUCGAAGGCGCGCUCGACCGCUUCGCCCAAUUCUUCCUGGAGCCGCUCUUUGAUCCGAGCUGCGCAGAGCGCGAGGUCCGAGCAGUCGACUCGGAGCACAAGAAGAACUUGCAAAGCGACGCAUGGCGCAGCUUCCAGUUGGAGAAGAGCUUGAGCGACCCGUCACACCCGUACUCCAAAUUCGGCACGGGCAACCUGAAGACGCUUUGGGACGCGCCCCGGUCCAAAGGCAAGAGCGUGCGGGACGAGCUGCUCAAGUUCCACGACCGCUACUAUUCGGCAAACGUCAUGAAGCUUGUCGUAAUCGGCAGGGAGGACCUGGAUACGCUGACAAAUAUGGCUAUAAGCAAAUUCUCGGGUGUCAAGAACAAAGGCAUCGCACCUCCCGAGUUCCCCUCGUCGCCAUUCAGCCCAGAGCAACUGCAGACGCAGGUCUUCUUCCGCUCUGUCAAGGACAUUCGAUUGCUGCACGUCAUGUUUCCCAUCCCGGAUCAAGUGCCGUACUUCCGGACCAAACCUGCACAGUUCCUCUCACACUUCAUCGGUCACGAGGGCCAGGGAUCGAUUCUGUCGCACCUCAAGAACAAAGGCUGGUCCAAUCGCCUGUCUGCCGGAGCGGCCGACGGCGCGAACGGGUUCGAGUUCUUCAAGAUUUCGGUAGACCUCACCACUGAGGGCCUAGCGCAUUACGAUGAUGUCAUCGCCUCGAUUUUCAAGUACAUUGAGCUCCUGCGAGACGGCAGCUCGCUUCAGGAGUGGGCAUUUAAGGAGGUGCAGCAGUUGAGCGAGCUCAACUUCCGCUUUAAGGAAAAAUCGCCACCCGCGUCGUAUGCGUCGCAGCUGGCGGGACAGAUGCAGAUCAACUAUCCACGCGAGUGGAUCCUCUCUGGACCGUACCUCACGCGCGACUUUAACGUCGACCUCAUCAAGGAUCUGCUCAAGCAGCUCACGCCGACCAAGUGCCGCGUGUUUGUCGCUGCUCAGCAGAUGCCGGAUGGGACGCAGAGCUGGGACAGCAAGGAGAAGUGGUAUGGGACAGAGUACAAGCUGAUGCAGUUGCCGGACAAGCUGCUUGAAUUCCAGCAGCCGAAUGCGGAGGACUUGGCGUUACCCGGACCGAACAGCUUCAUCCCGAAGAACUUUGAGGUGCCGGGCAAGGAACAGGCGGACAAGCUGACGCCAAGCAAGCAGCCUGUCAUGCUCCUCAAUUCACCAACCACCCGGCUGUGGCACAAGAAGGACGACCGGUUCUGGCUGCCGAAGGCGAACGUGUUUAUGCUUUUGCGCAGCCCGCUUAUCGAUGCAACGCCGAACAAUGCUGUCAAGGCGCGUCUAUUUGUCGAAUUGGUCAAGGACGCGCUCACCGAGUACUCUUACGACGCCGAGCUUGCUGGUCUCGGUUACAAUAUCGAGAGUCAUACAGACGGCAUCGGCCUCGCUGUGGACGGGUACAACGACAAGCUCGCUGUGCUGUGCAAGUACAUCCUCGAGGCGGUCGCAUCGUUCCAAGUCGACAAGAAGCGAUUCGAAAUCCUCAAAGACCAAGUCACGCGCAGCUACCAGAAUUUCCAGCUGGAGGCACCCUAUCAGCACGCCAACUACUACACGACCUACCUGCUCAUGGAACGCAUGUGGACUGCCGAGGAGAAGCUCGCCGAGCUCGAUGGCUUGACAGCGGAGGAUGUGCAGCGCUUCAUCCCCGAACUGCUAGGCCGGCUGCACAUCGAGAUGCUCGCGCACGGCAACCUGCAGCGCGAGGAUGCCAUUAAGCUCAAAGACAUGGCAGAGUCGAUCCUCAAGCCGAAGGCUCUGGCGCCCGCGGAGCUCGUCUCUCAUCGCUCGCUCGUGCUGCCGCCGGCCACGAGCCUGAGCUGGUCGAAGGAGGUGGCGCACACGGAGAACGUGAACUCGUCCAUCGAAUACUACUGCCAAGUGGGCGACCCGAUGGAUGUGUCUUUGCGUACGCGCCUCUUGCUGUUUGCGCAAAUCGCCAGCGAGCCGUGCUUCGACCAGCUGCGCACGAAGGAGCAGCUCGGCUAUCUCGUCUUCAGCAGCGCGCGCAAGAUGGUUGGCCAGUGCGGCUUCCGCGUGCUGGUGCAGUCCGAGCGCGAUGUGGCACACGUCGAGUCGCGCAUCGAUGUGUUCUUCGACUACUUGAAGAAUGUCCUGGACAAGAUGACGCAGGACGAGUUCAACGCGCACAAAGAGUCGCUCAUCCAGUCGCGUCUGGAGGUCGUCAAGAAUCUCGGAGAGGAGGCUUCGCGCUUCUGGUACCAUAUCCAUUCUAGGUACUACGACUUUUUGCAACGUGAAACGGACGUCGCUGCGCUGCGCGAGCUGACGAAGCAGGACAUUGUCGACUUCUUUAUGCGCUACAUUCACCACUCGAGCGUGACGCGCUCGAAGCUGACGGUUAACCUGCGCUCGCAGGUGAAGCCGACGCUGCUGAGUGCAGUGGCGGUCGAUGCUCUCAUGCCGGAACUGCUCAAGUUCGGCGCCGAGGAGGGCGAUGUGGAGGCGCUCAAGGCUCAGGCAUUGAGCGUCGAGAGCGUCACCGAGUAUGUGCGCGAGACGAUCGGCGCGGACAAUGCGCCGCUCGUUGAGCAGGUCUGCGCGAAGGUCGCCGAGCUGGCCAAGCAGCAUCCGGCGCAUUCGCAGCAGGUUGUCAUCCCUUCGGCGCCGGGUGUCAAGACACAGGUGGUGGACGACGCGGUGCUGCUCAAGUCCAAUCUGGCGCCUUCCAAGGCGGCGGUGCCGGUCAAGACAUGGACCGAGUUUGCUGCCGAUGGCUCGCGCGCCAACCUGUGAACCAGAUCCGGAUUUUUAUCGGUGUCACGUAGCAUGGGCGCUUUUUUGUUACCCGUCGGGACGGUGCCGCUGUGUGUAGUAUAUAAUAGCGUUUACCUGUACGC